AUGGCCUCUCCCCUGACCCCAUCCCAGCCCUUAUCCCCAGACCACCUGGUGACAGUCAAGGUGCUCUACAAUGAGAAUAAUCGGCGCUUCAAGCUGCCCCUCAAGGACUUGAAGCCGCAGGUCUUCCCCCAGAAGCUCCGCACGUUGCUUGGCGUUCCCGUUGAUGUCAACGUCAUCUUCGAACGCUAUUCCGACAGUGCCGGUUCCUACAUUCGCCUGGAUUGCGAUAACGUGGUCGUCUACAAAUCACUCUACCGCGCUGCCAAGGCCAAAUCAAAGCUCCGGAUCAAGGCUACUACAGUCGACCCCAUGUCGUCGGCCUUGCCGGCCUCCGAAGAGGAGACCUCAAAGCCUGCACAGGAGAAUCAACCCGUUCCACAGCCUGCCCCGAGGUACAGCUAUCUCGACACGGUUUUGAGCUCGCCAAUCCCGGCGUCUAUUCCGGAAAUUCUUCCCUCGAUAUCUGUUCCACCUUCCACCUGCGUUAUUGGGUCGCACCAGCCGAAUCAGUCAUCUCUUAAUCCUCCUUGCUAUCGUCGCUUUGAGAUGGAUGACGGUAAUCGUAACUUCCCCGUCAUCUCUCACAGCUCCCCUAGCGGCAUGUUCUGCAUUGAUUGCAACAACUGUGGUCGUUCCAUUGUCAGCGAACACUACCACUGUAGCAUCUGCGAGAAUGGGGACUAUGAUCUGUGCCCGCAGUGUGUUGAUGCAGGAGCGUCCUGCCGCGGCGAUGGUCACUGGUUGAUCAAGAGAGUCGUCAGUGAUGGCAUUGUGACCAACAGUACGACGGAGAAACUUGCUCCGCGCGAGGCGUCCGUGCAGCAGAGCAAGCCGGAGAAGGUCCUCGUUGAGGCGACUGCUGAGCCGGUCCCUGAAAUGGCCGCUACGUCUGCUCCUGAAGUCGAAGAGGAAGACAAGCAUAUCUGCAAUGGAUGUUGCCGUGAGAACGAUGGCCGUAGCAUGGUUCGAUGCGCCCAGUGCGAGGACUAUGAUCUGUGUCUCCGCUGUCUCCUGCGGAACAAGCACGGUCAUCAUCCUGCGCACGCUUUCAAGCUUGGGUCGGACCGUGACUUCUGCCUGAAGAAUCUCAUCACAUCCCGUUGCGCUCCUGGUCGGCUGUUCAAGCACGCUGCCGUCUGUGACGGCUGUGAGAAGCGCAUUAUCGGCAUCCGCCACAAGUGCAUGAUAUGCCCUGAUUGGGACUACUGCCAGGACUGCGUCUCGUCCGCUUCUCAGAAUCACCCCGACCAUCGGUUCGUGCCCAUUUAUGACGCCCUUGCUGAACCCCCUCGUGUCCACGAGAUCCAUUACGGCAUCUUUUGCGAUGGCCCCUUGUGCAAGAACAAGCCAGCCCAGAGCUACAUCACGGGUGCGCGCUACAAGUGUGCCGUCUGCGAUGACACCGACUUCUGUGCCAACUGUGAAGCUCUUCCAACCCACCAGCACAACCGCACUCACCCCCUCAUCAAGUUUAAAACUCCGGUCCGACAUGUGACGGUGAACACCAUGGGUGAUGACGGCUUCAGUCUGGGUGAUCAGACCUACCUUCCGGAACGGAUUUCGGCGGAGGCCCUUAAUGAGAAAACAACAGUCGAGAAGGCACCCGUGGAGGUGGAUGCCAGCAAGCCGGCCGAGAAGACCGAGUCCGACAGUGGGUCUGCUGUCUGGACCGAUUCUGUGGCAGAAUUCCAGGGACAGUUUAUUCGGGAUACUAUCCCCGAUGGCACGAAGCUGCCUCCGGACACAACAUUCGAACAGACCUGGACUCUGCAUAACCCCGGCCCUCGCGCAUGGCCCGUUGGGACUGACGUCCGCUUUGUUGGUGGCGACACCAUGUUCAACGUUGAUGCGACUCAUCCGUCUAGUGUUGAGUCUAUUCGGUCUGCCAUGGAGAGCAACAAGUUGUCCGCUCCCCUGGAGGCCGGCGAGAGUGCCGAUUUUACUGUGACACUUCGAACUCCUUCCCGCGAGGGCACUGUCAUCUCGUACUGGCGACUGAAGCUCCCCAACGGCAUGGCGAUUGGUCAUCGACUGUGGUGUGAUGUCCAGGUGCAGGAGUCUACGGAGAUCGAAUCGGUGGCGGUUCCAGUCAAGAUCGAAACUCCCGCGGAGGCUAGCGAUAGCGGUAUGAUCUUCCCCAAGCUGGACAAGGAGUCCCCGGAGACGAGCACCCACGAAGCUAUUACCCCCCACGUUGAGGUGGAGCCUGCCCCCACGGUCUCGAAUCCCUCCGAGCCAGAUGUGUCCGAGGACAUGGAAAGUUUGUCUCUGGACGAUGCGGACACGGAGACGGGUUUCUUGACUGACGAAGAGUACGAUGUCCUCGAUGCCAGCGACCAGGAGUACCUCGAGGCGAAGCAGUCGGUGAACUAA